UGGGACGGGGCUGGCUGAUUUCAGCCCAGGAAAGAAAACAUCAUGUUAAAGAAGAGUAAAACAUAUUAAACGCGUUAACCCUGUUGUAAAGCCAUUUUAGUUGCUCGUGACUCCCCACGGUUGAGUUAGAGUAGCGGUGGAGCAAGGGAAGAGGUGACAAGAGUUAUAUAUCUGGCGAAAAGUCUUGUAGAACGUGGCAGACUGUUAUACCAUGCCGGUGAAUGAUGGCCCCAGGAGUCACCCCAUUUUCGUGGCUCCUGUCAAUGUAAAUGCUCAGCGGUCAUCAGGAUAUGUUCCUGGCAGGAUUGUUCCAGUUCGUUCUCCGCCCCCAGCCAACACUCCUCCACCUCCCCCACUGAAGCCCCCAGCCCCACCCCCUGCACGACCUUCAGUUUUUAACCUGUCAGAAGAUGAGAGCAGGAGGGAACGUACCCAGAACCAAAAGAGGAAGAACACUUAUAUCUGUGCUGGUAUCUUCUUUGUGGUUUUCCUCCUGAUUCUUAUACUCGUCCUCAGUCUUACCUCCAAAGAUGUUUUAGAUGAGAACUGCCCUCAUCACAACCCUACACUGCGGACCUGGAACCCAGGUCACAAUCCCAAAAAGGUGGUUGUGGUACCUAGUGGUGAGCAUUAUUGCUUGGCUUCAUCUACCACCCUGUACUCAAUCACCAUCCAGUCUGGAGGAUCGGUUGUCUUUGCCGAUGAUAAAGUUGGCUCCAAAAACAUUACACUACGAACGCGCCACAUUUUGGUUGAAGAUGGUGGUGCUCUCCAUAUAGGGGCUCCAAAAUGUCGCUAUCGCUCCCUGGCCACCAUCACCCUGGUUGGCCGCUUGGACGAGACCUCUGUGGAUGAGGUUCCUGGGAUGGGACGCAAAUUUUUGGGUGUUAAUGGUGGAGGUACUCUGGAGCUCCACGGAUCAGAGAGGCUUUCCUGGACCCUCCUCACUCGCACUGUACCCUCUUCAGGUCUGGCUACCGGUGGCUACGCCUUCCAGAAGAACUUCAGCCGUGGAAUUAACCUGCGGGUAGUUGAUCAGGAUACGGCGGAAGUGCUAUACACUGAUCGUUUCGAUACACAUGAGUCUCAUAAUCACAGUAAGGUGCUGAGUGACCUGCUGAAGUCUCUGCCUCCAGGACGAAUUGUUGCACUGGCCAUCGGAGAUUCUGCGGUAAAGAGCCUACUGGAUGAAACCAAGAGGACCAUCCAGGAUCUCCUAGGCAGCAACCACGUCAACGACCUCAAAUACAGACAGGCAUGGGCAUUGGUCUCGGUCAUUGGUGGUGGGAAUGGUUCUUGCACAGAAGACGUAAGAGAACAUGAGAACCAUAACACAGGUGGUAAGGCGCUGGCUUGCCGAGACUUCAUCACUGUGGAUGGAGUUCGUUUCAGUGUUACUGCGUACAGUGAGUGGAGAAAUGGUUACCCCAUAUCAGGCUUCCAAGUGGAUGCAGUGGAUAAAGUGGUUCUGAACCUUCAAGAUGAUGUCAGCAGCUGGAAACCAGGUGAUCGGAUUGUGGUGGCGAGCACAGAUUACUCUAUGCAUCAGGCCGAGGAAUUCAUCCUGCUCCCCUGUCCACACUGCAACAGAAAACAGGUUCGAAUUCAAGGAAAGCCUCAGUUCACUCAUGUGGGAGAGAUACUGGACGGAGUGGACAUGCGUGCAGAGGUGGCUCUCCUCUCAAGGAAUAUCCUUAUUGAAGGAGAAAUGGAAAAAUCCUGCUAUGGAAAAAACUGGUGCCAGUACUUCAGCCAUGACACUUUCGGGGGACACAUCAAGAUUCUGGGGAACUUCUCGUCGGUACACCUGUCUCAGGUAGAGUUGAAGCACAUGGGUCAGCAGCAGGAGAAGGGCAGAUACCCUGUGAACUUUCACAUGUGUGGAGAUGUGGACCAACGCGGGGGCUACAGUGACCCUGCCUAUGUGGACUCCCUCUCCAUACAUCACUCUUUCUCCCGAUGCGUGACUAUACACGCUACCAACGGCCUACUGGUCAGGGACACGGUUGGCUAUGAUACGCUGGGACAUUGUUUUUUCCUGGAGGAUGGGAUCGAACAAAGGAACAUACUUUUCCAUAACCUUGGCUUGUUGACCAGGCCGGGGACCAUUCUACCUACUGACCGCAAUGAUAGCAUGUGCAUAGAAAUUAAAGACCGAGUACAUAAGGGCUAUACACCAUCUCCUGCAAACGAGUGCAAGGCAGUAUCUACAUUUUGGAUUGCACACCCCAAUAAUCAUUUAAUCAGUAACUCAGCAGCUGGCUCACAGGAUGCAGGGAUUUGGUACGUCUUUCACAACUCCUCUACAGGUGACUCUCAUGGACUGAUUCCAGAUACAAAAGCUGAGCUUACACCUCUGGGCAUCUUCUAUAACAACCGUGUUCAUUCCAACUUUAAGGCUGGCCUCUUUAUCGAUAGAAAGGUCAAGAGCACCAAUGCCACAGCAGCAGACCCACGUGAAUACCUCUGUUUGGACAACAGCGCCAGGUUCAGACCUCAUGAGAACUCUGAUCUAAACAGGCCACGAGUGGCUGCUCUCAUCGACACUCUCAUCUCCUUUAAGAACAAUGAUCUGGGGGCCUGGAUCCGCGGAGGUGACAUCAUUAUACGAAACUCAGGAUUUGCAGACAAUGGGGUUGGACUCUCAUUUGCAAGUGAUGGCAGCUACCCUAAAGAUGAGGGGUCCAGUCAGGAGGUCUCCCAGUCUCUGUUUGUUGGUGAAAGCAGAAAUCGGGGUACCAAUGGAGGGCAAAAUAAGUACUGGGGCAUCAGUGGAGUAGACAGAAAGACGAGGACUCUACCAAGAAACAAGACAUUUCCGAUCCGAGGUUUUCAGAUAAAUGAUGGUCCAGUGAGAAUCUUAAACAGCACAUUUCGGGCCUUCAUCCCGACAGCAGAGCGCUUCACCACGGCUGUGGGUUUCAGCCUGAAAAACAUCUGGCAGCUGACACCUAGAAACAACCUGUCCUCUCUCUCCUUCCACCCGAGUGUGACUCUGAGAGCGUUUUUUGGGCGCUCAGGUGAGUGGUUUGAGCAGAAUGAUCUGGACGGCGAUAAAAAUUCUAUCUUUCAUGACCUGGAUGGUUCGAUCAGCAACUACACAGACACAUAUGUGGGCAGAUCCGACAACUUCCUAAUUCGCCAUCCUCAAUGUGUAGACGUUCCCCAUUGGAAUGGGGUUGUGUGCAGUGGCAAGUACUCUCAGGUGUACAUACAGACACAGGGUGCAUCUAAUCUCAGCCUGUCCAUCAGCAGAGAUGAGUACCAUGAUAAGCCUAUGGUGAUGAGAGGCAUCAGAAGCCAGACAGCACCAUCCCAGCAAUACCAGCCUGUUCUGAUGAUGGGCAAGAGCUACACGUUGCACUGGAAUGGACCUGCGUCGAGAGAAAUAGUCCUCUCACUUAUUAACUUUGACCAGGGUGACUGGGCUCUGCUUGGCCUCUGCUACCCAAAUGAUACAGUUUUCCAGAUCACAUCAGACAUCUACAACAAGCAGAAGAACGGCUUUGAUGGAAUAGAGGACUACGGCCCUGUUUCAUCCAUGUCAGAUCUAGAGAAACGACAGCUGGAGAGAAAGUACUUUUUCGACAGAUCUGUUGGCUUGUUAUGGCUGUAUGCACAAACACGGCACAGACGUGAUGGCCACAGCUACUGCUCCACCGUGGGCUGCGAGAGAGUGAAGAUCAUAGCUUCCAUACGUGCCAACCAAAAGACACUGUCCUGCAACUGCACUGCUGGUGCCUAUCCCAAAUACAGCAAGACUGCCAGCACCAUAGUGCCUAUGCCAAAGCAAAACACAGGGCCCUGCAGAGCCUGUGGUGCCUCACAGCUUGCCUUCUCCAGUGAUCCGUGGAACAGCUACCUCCAAACUCAGAUCAAAUCCCUCAGUGUACAAGAGGAAAAGAGUAAUGACACACAAGCCUAUAUUGCUGUGAAUGCAGAAAGAUUUAACCUCAGCCAGUCUGGGUUCCUCUUGGUAACUGUGGAUGCAUGCUCUGGACAAGUAACAAAGAGCUCAUUGUUUCCAACGAUGGACUCCAAAAUGGAACAGUAUUUAAAAACUGGAAUUCUGAAGAGAUCAAUUGUUCUUCUUGCCACAAGAGGUCAGCCUGCUGACUUUGCUGGUGUCGCACAAUAUCUGGUCCCUUUGGGAUCUGCUAAAGUGCCAGAUUUAAAAAACAAAGAGGCCAUUGUUUUCUUUGGGUUCCUCGGCCAGGGAGGUCUUUUACAGCAGCCAUGGGCUGAUCUGUUGUCAUGCCAAGGUGACGAGGUGCUGGGCUUACAGGAAAGAUUCAUUCCCCUGUCCAUAGAGGAGUAUUCUUGUCCACCACAAAAAAACCCUCCUACACGGAUGGAUCUAGAACUCCUAAAAAAGUAUCUUAGCCAAAAAUGAGCCUUUUCCAGAUGUGAACAAACAACACAACCAAUGAAUGAAUGUGAACUUACGAACGUAAUUUAUUUUGUCCAAAAAAAAAAAAAGUGUUUGUAGUGUUUGGACUAGUAUGUUACUAAGCGAGUGAAUGUUUUUGUGUCUGUCUGAUUCUGUCUUGUGUUUUGUCAUAAUUGUUACAGCACAAAGUGAUGCACUUUUUGUAGCACACAAAACAUCUUUAUCUCACACUGUGUAACAAAUUGACAGGGCAAGGUGAAAGUACAUCAGAAAUGUUGAAGAAAAUGCUGCGAAUCGAUACCACCAGUACAGAAGCACACUGCAUUCCAGAACAGGACAUUUGGUGAUUGGCCUUCUUCCCCAACAAUCUCCUGUGUAAUACUGCCACAUAAAUGAUCCAUUGCCUUUGAUUUAACAGAAGUUCACUCAGACUUUCCUUCUUUUCCACAUUAUUUAUUCCCCUUGAUUUAAUAGGGUAUGCCGUUAUGUAAUUGUCAUAUUGGGAGGGCUCUUAACUCUCAAAUUUCACUGCUGCUCAAACAUGCAUUUGUACAAUGACUGUACACUCUUUACUUUCACAGUUAGACACUUUAAAGUAGUCAAGUACUUUCAAGUGUUAGAAUUUCAGUAUUCAUUCCCAACAUUAAAUAUUUAUUACAAAUAUUUUCAGAAGCAAUAAACCAGUAUCUGUUGUUAGGUGUUUAACCAGUUCUGUGUUUACCAUUGGGCUACUUGCAGUUUAAAAGUGGAAAUCACACAAAAGAUUUAUAUGACAUAAUGCCUAUUACAACUUGGCCACCUUGCCUGCCUGAUAGUAGUACUAUCACUUAGCUUGAGAGAUACAGUAUAACAUCCCACAUGAUUGGAAUAUUGUCAUUAUUGUGUUUGCAAUGGAAGCCGGAAUUGUCCGUACAUGACCUUAUUGAUUUGAGAUUAAUUAGUUACUUGUUAACCACUGUAAAAUUGUUGAAAAGAUUUAUUAGUAGAGGAAAGUCUUGAUACAAAGAAAAUAAAUGACAGCUUGUUUUUGUAAGUGUUGCAUAAAUUGAUGUAAAGAUGCAGGGUGUUGUUUUCGCCAGAAAGUAUUUUUUAUUUGUAAAAUGUCAAGUUCAUAUAAUGUAUUUGUCAAGUUGUUGUGCUGUAAUUUGAUUUUCUGAAAUUCAGAUAUUAAAAAACCUAUAAAAC